UAUCCCAAGAAUUCGUUACAGAUUCUUGCCUUGCCUCAGAUUCUGACAUUUCAUGAUCUCUUGUAUAAUUUAUUCAUGUCUCUAUGCAACUGCAUUCUUAUUUUGUUAGUUACCACGCAACUGCUUCUGAUGAUGCUUACCAUGUUGAUCUCCCAUGAUGCACUGCUGGUUCCUGCUAAGUCUGUUCUUUGGGUUAUUAUUUGGAAUUCUGAUGUUCUGUCAUUAAAUGCUUACUUUCAUGUCUACAGAAAGCUAUUGAAGGAUUUCUUCACUGCAACUAUACUUGAUGAAACCAUUGUUCAAAUAUUGGACACUUUCAUGAGCAUGGGGAGCCCUCAUCACUGGGUGGGCUAUUUGAUGCCUGAAGAUUCUGGAGUAUACAACCUUGUUUCACAGUCCAGCAGCAGCGGUUAUUCAGAUCUUCCUCACGCAACAAAACUUGAACAACUUAUGGGCGAGACACGUGCAGUGUUAUUGAGUGUUGAAUUUGGGAAUAUUAUUGAAAUGUCGUUAAAAACACUGGUGAACGAACUUAUGAAAGAUAUUAGUUCCCAAUGUGGAGAAAGCACUUUACUGUCUGGAAUGCCACUUGCUAAACUUCUUCCACGAAUAGCUCAGAUUGGUCAGCAGCUACUGAAAGAACCCUAUAGGAGUAGGUAUGUCCAAAAUAUAUGUAGCAUACCAGAAGUUGAACAAUUCUUCACUCUCUUAUAUUCGAGUACACCCUUUUUAUAGUGUAGGAUCAUUAUUGUAGUUUCAUGAACUUCACAAAUGUAAAGGGUUUUAUGGGAUUCCGUAAGGUCUGAAGAAAAUAAGGAGAAGAUCAAAAUUGUUUAUUGGUGUUGUAAUUUUUUCACAUCCCAAUGGUCAUGUAUUGCUCGUUUUUUACUCAGUUUGAGCGUUUUAGUUACUAUUAUAAAUCAAAGACGUUCUUGAAU